UCUUCUCUUAUACAUGCAAGAAGCGAAUCCCGCUUACACCCCUUGAGUCUACGUCUUCUGUUCUUGCUUCCCCCCCCCCACUUCGGCCGAGCUACGUGCCUGUUUCUCGGAGCAAACCGCCAGCGGCCGCAUGAUAAGACGAGCAGCACCGAUAAAAGCGCAAGCUCUCAACUUGUAUCACUCGCGUGCUUCGUAGUUUAUACCCAUUUUGCUCCCCUUUCCUUGCGGUAUGGACAGCCUACCCACACCACCCAACGAGGAGCUCGGCAGACCUCAUGGGCCGAAACGACCUCACACCACCUCCAAGCCGGUGAAGACAGUGCACCGGUCAUUAAAACGGACGAGCACCCACCAGCAUCCACCAUCGCCCUCCCGCGAGAGCCAGUCCCAGCAGGGCGAUGCGAGGCAUAAGCGGGUAUGGAAGGCUUGCGAGAGGUGUCGCAUGAAAAAGACAAAGUGCGAUGGAGAGUUCCCCUGCAAGCGGUGUAAAGACGACGGGCUGAUCUGCACCGCGGGGACGCGCAAGAAGACCGAGUACAAGCAGUUACCGCCAGGGUACGCCGAGGUGCUGGAGAACACCCAGUUCGUCCUGAUCGCCACGGUGCAGAAGCUCUACUCGAUGGUGCGGAACGGCGAACCGUGGGAGUUCGGGGAGCCCGCAUUGAACGAGCGCGGCCAGCCCAUCGUCCACAACGUGGCGGCCAAGCUCGGCUGCUUGCGACCGAACAACGACCUGGACCUCCCCAUUCAGUCCAUCUUCCCCGAGGACGAGGCUGGCAUGGCCGAGCUGGCUCGGCAAUUACGGGAGCAGCAGCAGAAGGAGGCAGCUGGGAACGCAUCACAAAGCAGUACGAGACAGGAGACCGAAUCGAGCACCAGCAGCGGCGGGUACAACCGGACGGACCGCGCCAGCUCCUCGGCCGCGUCCGACCUGGAGCACUCGGACUUUGAGUUUGACACCGACUACCGCAAGGCCGCCUUCGGCGGCGCCGCCAGCGCCCUGAGCAUGUCGCCCGCCAGCCUCAGCUACGGCGGCGACUUCGACAUCGCCCCGCCCUCCGCCGACGGCUUCCCGCCGCCCAGCCUGCCGUCGCCCACCAUGCCCACGCAAAACCACCACAACCCCACCGCUGCCGCCGCCGGCGGGUUCCAGCCCUGGACGGGCACUGUGAGCCGGCCGCCGUCGGUGGACUUCACCGGCGCGCCGCCGCUGUGGAUGGGCCAGAGUCUGCUCGAGCCCAGCAGUCUGAUGAAUGCCAACAGCUUGCUGGGCGCGAACUACGAGAUGAAGCCGCAGGUGUUCUCGUCGUCAUGUCGAAAUCCGGAGAUCAUGAUGGGCAUGAGCGACCCGACGAUAUUCUCCGGCUUUGACGACGACACGCUACGGCCGGCUUUCUGAGCAGCACACCGACCGCCUGGGAUAUGCCCCUGGAGAAAUCGGGGCAGGCUCAUGAUAAUCAACGUGGUUUUAGGGGGCGGCGGCAAUACGAAUUGGGCACAGGAUGGGCAUAGGCGUUACGGUUAUGGCAGCGGUGCACACGACGGCGAGCAUAAAGGGACACUGGAACGGAGCGGGUUUGGGGGGGACGGUCUGCUUUCGUUUACGGAUCUGAAUGCGAAUUGUACGAGUAUCACGGGCCAAAGCAGUGGGAGCGACGGGCUGUUUCAACCACCAUACCACACUCCACGCUGGAGAUCGGGUCAGGAAAGGAAGGGGUCCAGACCCCGGGUUGGGGGGAAUGGGACCUGCAUGAGUACGGAUAAUAAUGUACAACGCAGUUUUACCUCUUUUGCCUCGAUUUGGCAGCAAAUUUCAAAUGUGAUCCAGGCCUCGUCUAUCACAGUAGUGUGGUAGUCUCCUUCCUUGAUCCAUUUGCCCCUGUCUCGUCGAUCCCACCUACUCG